UCUCAAUUUGUAUCACUAUUUAUAAAUCGCGAAUUUAUAAAAAGACACGGGAAAUGAAGAUGGAACAAUUACGACGAGAGACAUGAUGACAUAACGUUUAAAUCCACGCCAGAUUCAAAUCUCAUUUCCGGAGCGGCGUUACGCGAUUUCAUCGUCUCGUAAAUCUCUCGUUGCAGUGGUCAUCGGAUUUGCGGCUCCAACAGAAACGCCGGGACGGUCCAAUCGUGUGGAGACCGAGGUGGCCGAGGAUGAUGCAGGUGUUGACGCAUCGUCGAGAUGCGUCAGCGACUCACGGCACUUAUCUCCGCUAGUGUAGAUACGAUCAGUUUUCAUUCCGUAUAUCAGUCCGCCUGGUUCGCCUUCUCGGCUGAGUACCACCUCGCUCGUUGCACUCGCAUCUGAGAGUCUCAUAGUGCAGUUAUGGUCUCCGUGGUGUUCAAAGUGGAAUUCUAGCCGCGAUAGCGCCCGUGGCUCGCGAGGGAGGUGUCGCGGGAUGUAAACAUUCGCCCUGCAAUCCCGUGCACCUGAAACUGCGUCGAAAAGUCCCGCGGCGCUUGCAGCUGUGCUCGCAGAACGGCGAUCAUGAGUUGACAUCGUUCUCGGCAUCGCGCAGUAAAUGCCGCGCGCCGCAUCAGUCGAAGUAUGGACGUCGCGGAGGACGCGGAAGGCGCGUUGGACCCGCGCAUACAGAUCGAAUUGGAGAACUUAAACAAUGCAACAGAUGAUAUUAAUAAGCUGGAGACUGAAUUGGAUGAAGCUCAUACCGCUUUUAGGCAGCUUCUUUCUGAUACAACAAGAAGAUUGAAAGAAAUAACAGAGAAACUGGGUACUAGCUGUAUUGAAAAGGCAAGAUGUUAUUACGAAGCUUUGGAACUGGCUCGCCAAGCUCAGGUGCAAUGUCAACAGCAGGCAAAGCUAUUUCAAAGAGCCAGCGAAAUUCAUGCGGCCGCGAAAGAGACGGUAGCUCUGGCCGAAGCGCGAUUCAUGUCACAUCAGCAUGAGUGGAAUUUCGACCAGGCAUGGCAGGAUAUGCUCAAUCAUGCCACUAUUAAAGUCAUGGACGCGGAAAACAAAAAAGCGGAAUGUGGCCGCGAACAUCAUCGGAGAGCAACGCUGUUUCACGACGCCGAAAAGAAGCUAGUACAAUUAGAAGAGAAGCAUCGACGUGCGAUAAUAAAAGCUAGACCGUAUUUUGAAGUGAAGGCUCAAUGCGACCAAAUGCUGGAGACGCAGAAAGGAAGAGUGGAAUACUUGCAGCUAACUGUUAAGGAAACUAAACGCAAUUAUGCAACGAGUCUCCGGACAUUGGAGGAAAUUAGUAAUCAGAUACAUCAGCAACGAAGAGAUUAUGACAUCGUGGCUAAUGGACCGCGAGAACCUGGCGUUGGUGCCGAGCUCAUUGGUUCAGACAUGUAUCAGAAGUAUGAGAACGAAUUCAACAGUAACGACAGUUGUAAAAUAUCACCCGUUAGAUAUAACGAAAGUGGAAACAACGAAAAACUGCAUGCUAUCGAAAAGCCUUGUAUGACAAGAGGGGACGCGGAGCAUCUUGAUAAGAGAUCCGUGGACGGCAGUGAGAGCAAAUUCACGCAAUGGGAACUGGAGUUACAAGCCAGUAUGGAGAAAUUGAAUCGCUUAUCGGUUGAGAAAUCGUCGUACGUGAAGGAGCGAGGAAAUGCGCAAAGUUCUUCUGAUUUACGAGACGCUGUUGAAGUCGGCACCGCGAAUGGAACAUGCUACAAUCUUUUACCUGCCGAACAAUCUAAUGCGCACAGCUUAAAUCAAUUUCCAAGAUCGACUGCGAAAGAUUUGAAAACUUUCGUCGGCAGACCGUCGGAAGGUACAUCGACGCUCGUUUCGAAGAACAACAUUUCAAAGUCGCUGAACAACAGUCCAGUGAAUAGGAGUACGUCUACUUUCGAAGAUAGGACUAUGAAAAAAACGGGAAGCGCAGAUAUAUCCAAGUACGUGCCAAACCAAACCUCCUCUCAAUUCGACAUUAAGAGCAGAAGAGCACAGAGCAGCUCAAAUAUCAACAUUUCUAGCAUCGAUGUCGAUGCUACGAGCGAAGAACAAAGAAGAAAUAACGUGAAUGAUACUUUAGUUAGUAAGAGCCAUGUACAACUUACAAAUUUAUCUACCACGCAAGCUUCUAAUGCCGAGUUCCUGCCUGCGGAGUCUAGUUUAUCAAAAAAACGUUUUGCACCGGCCUUCGGUGUUAAUCAACACCGUGUGGGCUCGCAGAGCGAUGUCACGUUAUCGCAAACACGGUCUAGUUCUAAUAUUCUGCAUAAAAAUGCAUCGUGCAGUGCCAAUUCGAGUCCGCGGAGGCUGAAGAAUCUGCUGAGGUCGACCGCGAGAUCUACGGAUAGCAAGAGCACGGAACGUCUCGACGAGAGAUUCAAUCUCAAAAAGUUAGCCAGCAAAACCGCCAGCAUCAAAGAGUUACCGUUACUGUCGUUUUUUGGGUCAACGUCCGCGUUAUCAACGAUCAGAGGCAAGAGUUGCAGCAUGAUCGAUUUGGACGGUAAACAGCACCUGAAGACACUACUGGAUAACUCUCGUCUAGGCAACAUACAGGCGGUGAGUGCGGAAAGAUUAGCGAACGCGAGGCAUAAAUUAGUCAGCGAUUAUCCGGAGACAAAGACGGACGAUAUUAAGAAAUAAGUACAAGAACAAUGCGAUAGGAUAGAAUUACUUGUGAUAAAUGACUUCUACGUUCAACAUAUGUGUAAGUAGCUAAUAUUAACGUUCAGGAAGCUCAAGUGUGCACAAUGAAACACUGACGCGUCAUAAUUUAAGCUGUAGAAUGUUCUCGCGUUCCUGAGAUGUUACAAGAAUCAUUUCUACAACUUUGCUGCCAAUUAUACAGCAGCCAAUUAUUGAAUAUAUGCUGCUAUGUUAAUCAAUGAUGCGUAUUGUAUAAAUCUUUGAAGAUUUAGUUAGAUAUUAAUAUCUUACGUCUUUUAAAAAUAAACUUACAGUGUCAACA